AUGUCAACUCUAGGUGGCUCCACCUCCAGUGCCAGGGGCCCAGGACAAGAGGUUCUGGACGAAAUUUCGUCCGCACAACAAUAUGUGCUUGAUCUCCAGCGGCGUGCCGAUCAGGUGUUGUUCUACUCCUUGAAGACGGUAGCUGCAAAUGCUCAAAAGGAAGCAAACGACAUGGCCUCAAAUGCCAGGCGAUUCAGUGCUGCUGGAGGCGCAUUGGCGACGUCUGGCGGUGGUGACGGCAGUCCGAUUGGACGUGAUCCCGCCAGCACUAUCACGGCCGACCUCGAGCUGCGCAUCAAGGAUCUGACCAGGCAGCUGGAAGCGGAGCGGAUGGAGCGCGCCAAGCUCCAGGAGCAAUAUGACCAAGCUACAGCGAUGCUGCGGAAAUCGUACGGCCAGAUCGUGGAUGACUACCUUUUUGCCACGGAGCAGCUUCAUGAUCGGACGAAGCAACUGGAGGGGCUUAUGGAAACGGCCACCGCCACGGCAGCGCCAGUGGCCGUGACACCACUGCCUGCGACUUCAGACCAGCAGCCGACCUGGCCGCACCCUGCACCCUUGAACUGCGCACAUGGCGAGGAGGAGUCACAGCCUCAGCAGCAGCGCCAGGGCCGCCAGGAGUUCCAGGAGGCUCAAAAUCCGCCUGUUCCCAGCCUGCCCCACCCUCCCAGCCAGCACUCGGGGCAGCUCCCGCAAGACGACGAUCUUGAUGAAUCCUGGAGCCCCCUCAGCGCCAGCUCCUACCCCGCAUGCGCUGGGUACACUGACAGGCUGCUCAGCGACCUGGCUAACACCGUUGCAGCGGCGGUCAGGGAGCCCGCUCCACCGUCGCCGUCCGCUGCUGCCGCGGCUCACGAGCAUCCUCUUCCCCCAGCAAGAAGUAACUCCAGCAGGCGGGUGACUGGCGGUAGCAGCGGCAACGGCGCCUUUGCCGCUGGGGUUGGGGGUCCCCGGACGGGUCCCAGCUCCCGGUCAAGCUCGCAAGGCAGCAGCAGUGCCGGAGCUGGGUCGUCCGCAGUCGGCAGCAAGGAGCCAUCAGCUGCGGCCGUUGGCUCCGACCAGCUCUUCGCCUCUGAACAGGUGGCGCCGGCCGCAUCUGUGCAACAACAGCAGCAGCAGCAGCAGCAACGUGGCAGACAGUCUGCAGCGGACCCCCACAGUGGCUCGGUCUCCCUGGAAAGCACCUCGGGUCGCGUGGUGUCUGUAUCGAACCCUGGGCCCCCGCAGGCUGCUCGUACCAGGUCGCAGAGCCCGAGUGCCAAAGACCGGUUGUGGGCAGGCGCAGGGCAGGAGAAGCACUCGCCUCGGCCACUGAGCCCGACACGGCAAGGCGCGGCGCUCCGCAGGGCGCAGGUGGUGACGCCGCGUGAGGGGCAGGACAGAGAAGUUGCUGAUUUGGCGGCGGCAAGGGCAGGUGUGUUUCAGCCGCCGCAGGAUGCGACGGCUGCUGCCCGUCAGGCUGUGGCUGCGGCAACCAGCGCUUGGCGUAGCGAUGGCGCGCACCACGGGGAGGUCGUCUCAGUUCCAAGCGAGCUGAAGAGGACUUUGGCAGAGCACCCCUCGGGAGCGGAGCUGCCCAGCGCAACUCUGGGCGGGGAGUUCAAAGCACCAGCAUCCGGAUUUGGGCCGGCUGAGCCCGCGUGUAUUUCCGCGGCCACACCACCACAACCACAACCAAGGAGCGGUAAUCCUUUCACGCGCUCUGCAGCCGGCGUGGCGCCAUCACCCUUCUCAUCCGGAGGUCAUGGGCCGGUAUCGCGCUUUAAUGCAGCCAUGGCGACGGCUGCGGCUGCCGCUGCUGGAGCAAGUGGCGGUUUGCAUGCCACUGGGUCGUGCGUGCCAAGUAGGCCUACAAGUGACAGCAGCAGCAGCACUGCCACCGUCGCGGCCGCUUCGUCAUUGCACGAAAGCGACUUGGAUCGGGACCGGGAGUGGUGCGUCCGGGAUUCCAACCGUGAUGAAGAUAGGAAGCAAGAGCACCGUCGAGAGCAAUCUUACCGGCAGCGACCUGGCGGGAUAGCAGCAGCAUCCGGAAUGCCUGUGGUGGACGCAUGGCCGCCGGCCACCACCACUGCCUCCACCAACACGACAACUAACGCCCCGCGCCAGGAAUCUGCGAACUCUAGGCUACCUGCAGCAAUGCGGGGCUUGGCCGAGGAGGCCGGCAUGGGGCCGGGCGUUGCCUUGGACAAACAUGGGCAUCAUCAGUACGAUGCAGGGAGGCGCAGCCCAGUGGGGCCGGCGGCAGCAGCGGGUGCAACGUCUCGCACCGCGCAGGCGGCUGCACGCGCUGCGGCUAGUGAGCUUCGUGCCGCCACGGCGGGCUCAAGCGGCCGGAGGGCCUGGGGAUGCUUCAAUUCGGUCUCGGAGCGGCAUGGAGAUGGACGCCCCGAUGUUGACGCAGCCGUGCACGACAGCAGCGCCGCAGCCGGUGGCCCCUCACGAAGCACAUCGAAGCGUCUCCGACGUUCUGUCAGCAGCCCAGCGGAGCACCCAAGCCGGCGCUCAGCUGCAGUGAACCCCGGACCGGAGGGGGUAUCUGCAAAGCUGUCGGAAGAUAGCAACGAAGAGGUGCAUGUCGGUGGUGUCGGCCGCCAAUCGUCACGCCGGGUCGCCGCCUGCCAUACUGGGACAUUCAUGGAAGCCUCAGGUGCGGCUGAUGUGGCUAAGCCCUCGUCUAAGGCGGCGGCGGCGAUGGCAGCGGCCGCUGAUUCACCCCGACACCGAGACGACGAUUUUCCGUCCCGCCGGCGAAGUCUGCACCAUGUCUUGUCUGUUCCAAUGUCGGGGUCAUCGGGGCUGGACAGCAGCCCCACCGCACAUGGCGCACGCAACCCGGCGCACCCCACGACCGCUGCCACUACGUCCACAGUGGACCCCGGGUGCAUCGAUGCAGAGGCCAGCGAGAUGCCGCAGCUUGACUUAGACACCUAUCUGUUCCGGAUGCGGGCAAGGUCUGCCGCGGCUGCUGCUGCUGCUGACCCUGCGGGUGCCAGUGCCAGCCCAAGCCAAGGCACUGCGAACAUGCUUGGUGAGGAGGCCACAGCGGCGGUUCAGGGGGGCCGGGUCGGCAGCCUGGGCCGUGAAGUAGCAGCGGGCGGCAGCGGUGGCUUCUUCAGUGGAGUAUCGCGUGGGCCGCCCAUGCCGGUGCGGACGUCGGGAGCAGGCGGCGGCGCCGCUGUCGCAACGCAGGCGGCCAGCAGUCCCCUUCUCGCUGGUGCUGCUGCAGCGGCAACUGCUGGUGUGUUUAGCCGAAGCACUGCUGCUGCUGCAGCAGCCGUCGCCGCCGCCACGAUCACCCCAGCAAGUGCCGUCCUUAGACCUGGUGGUGAUGGUUGUAGCGCUACAUCAUCGACGUCAAUCGAGGGCCUUACAUCACUGGUGCGGAGCUUGCGGCAGCGGUUGGCAGGCAUGCAGGAUUUUGAUUUUGGAGCCAGCGACGAACUAACCGAUGAUGGCAUGGAGGCUGCUGACGGCACGGCGGCGGGUGACUGGCGUACGGACGACGAGUUAGACGAUGGCGGCGGGGACGCUGGUGUCGACUACGAUGACGAGUCUGUGCUUCUUGACAUUGAGCUAGGGGCUGGUCUUGGCGGUAACAGCUUUGGCGUGUACGCCUCUGGCGACGAUGACGAUGACGAGGAUGAUAACGGGCAAGGCAACAAUGACAUAGACGACGCUAAUGACGUUACAUACGAUACGUACGACAGGUUGUACAGCGGCACAUUCGGCGGAGCUGGUGCCGCUACAGUGCGGCGGGGGGGCGGUGGUGCAACAGUGAUGGCAGCGGCUGGCACAAGCGGCAGCACGGCUAUGCAUUCUGAGGGCGACGGGGGCCCGUAUGUGACCCAAGCAUUUGGCAGUGGUGGCGCUACCGGCGGCAUUGGCAGCGCCACCAGCAGCGGUGGCCUUCCGUAUUUCCACGGAAUGUGGGACGGUGGCAAUGACAGCGCUGGUAGUAGCGCCGCAGGCACACCGCGAGGCGGCAUCCACGAUUAUGAACCUGCGGCUUGGGCCGGCAGCACCAGCCCCACCAGCGUGGGCGCGUCGGGUGGGAGCCGCGGAGGCGGCGGUGGCGGAAGCAGCGAAGGCACAGCACGCUAUACGGAGCGUAGCCGACAAUCGCACGCUCAAUCUUCAGCCACCACUGCCACCACCACCGCCACCACAGCCGCCGCGGCUGCAGCCGGAAAGUCCGGUUCACCUGGGUUUAGCCGUCGCUCUGGCGGUGAAGUGCGCACUGUCGGAAUCACCUCCCUGCUAGAUUCCGUGAACGCGGCGACGCUGGGUGCUGCCGGGACUGCACCGCGGAGUGCUGUCCGCACAACGAGCACUGCUGCGGUCCCACCCAGUGCACGGGAUCAUGGGGGAAAGGGCGUCGCGUCACAGGACCGUGCCGCACCGCCUCCGCAGCCACAGUCAGCCGUGGCGGCAGCGGCACGGGCUGCGGCUGCCGCCUCCGUAUCCUCGGGGCCCGCGGUGGGGGCUCCGGGUGUUGGUUGCAGGUCAGCAGCCGCACAGCCAGACCGAUUACCGCACCCCGACCAGACGAGCCCCAGGAAGGACAGCACAUCCGGCUUGGCGCGGAACGGCUCCAGGAAGGUGUCCAUGAGAUCAAAAGCGGGUGAUGAGGGCACGAGGACCGGGCUAGGUGGUACUGGAGCUGCGGCACAGGCUGGUCUCGACGGCAUUACUGGGAGUGCUGGGGCCGGCGCAGGCUUUGCUGCUGCGCGGUGGGGGAGCGGCGGGGGGGGAGCUAGUGGCGGCGGGGUGAAGAGUGCCGUUGCCGGCUCCAGCCGCAGCAGCGCCGCGGUGGAUGCAAGUGCAGCAGCAGCUACUGCUGGCGGUGGUGGUGGUGGUUCUACUGCUGCACCCGCUAUUAAGGCCGCGAACACUACACCGCAGAUGCAGAGCCUUCGCAGCGAAGCUAUGUUCGCGCGGAUCAAGCAACAAUUGGAUGCGCUACAGAGCUCCUUCUCCCAGGGGCUAGCCCCUGUGCGCGGCAUAGAUGAUGCCAGUCGCCGUACUGGUGGCAGCGGCGGCAGCAGCAGCGGUAGCGGGGACGGCGGUUUCGAGCGGGGCACAGAGUAUCGGUCGGCAGCGGCUGCUGCCGCUGCGGCGGUGGCUUCAUCAGUUGCAUGGAAUGGUAAAACUUCACGACGUGGUAGCGGCUGUGGGGUUCAGGAGGGUGGGGACGGUGGCAGCAGCAGUGGCGGUGGAGCCCGCGGCAGCCAGGGUGAUUGGGUUUCAACUAGCAGUAGUGAUGGCGGAAUGAGGCGGGGCAACUUCUCAAGCUCUGCUGCAGGUUCGUCAGGAGCAAAUAGCGACGCAGUGACUGGAAGAGGGUGGCUGCCUAUGAGGGAGGGUGUGGGCGUGUUUGGUGGAGUCGGUGACGACUGGCAGACGCUGCCCGGGCGUGGCGAUGCAAGUGGCCCGGAGUUCCACGGCGGCGCAACAGCAGAUCGGCAAGUUGCUGGAGAUGGUGUGAGUGCAUCUUUUAGGAGAAAGGCAACAGCGGCAGUAGCAGCAGCGUCAUUACAUGCUGGAUUGGCAGCUGGAGGUUCCGGAGCGAAGCCGCACGGCAUCGUACUGCAGGGUGAAGGCGAUGGGUAG